CGGGCUGUCCUUGCUGUGUUCCCCUUAGGCCGCGCUGUGCUAUGGCUCCUCGGGCGGGAGCUGGUGUUGGUGCCGCUCUGUGGCCGUGAGGGGCAGCGCCUCAGUGAGCCGCCCACACCUCCUGCCCAACCCUUUUGCCGCAGGUGUGCCCUCACGGCUUUCCUCAGCGCCUCCCCGCUGCUCUGAGGGGUCCCACUCCUUCCCUCGGAGGCGAUCUUCCACACGCAGUUGCCCUCUUUUCCUCUAGUGUUACUUGAGGUAAAACCCAGUUCCAGAGCAGCUCUCUGAGCUCUGAAGAAAGCAAACUACUUCAGGUCGCUGUGUCCUGAUUCAGUCCUUCCAGUGUUGCCUUUUUUUCUUGUUUGGUUGCUCGUUUUUGUGGGGGAUGAGGGAUUGCUUGUUUGUUUCAAACGUAACUUAGGUAAAGGAAAGCUUACAGAGUGUGAUUCAGGUGCUACUCCCAGUUUAUGACAGCAAACUAUUUCAGUUGUGCAAACCGUUAUGGAAUGAUAACAGUUUAUAAUGACUGCUUUCUCAGUCUGUUUGUGAGAGAAAUAGCAAGAAGGAGUAAUAGGGUCAUGUCCUCUGUCUGAACUUUUGGCUGUUUGGGUUCCUCUUUUCAAUGCUUUUUUAAAAAAAAAAAAUCCAAAAAUUACAAAGUUGCAGCUGGCCUUUUCAGUGUUACAGCAAUCAACAGGCACAUGCUCUGCAUUCUGACUUUUCAUAAACUAUCUGGUCAUAUGCAAUUCAAGAGCCUGAGCUCCAAACUGCCUCAUACUCUUGCACACAAAAUGUAGUCAGUAAUUUGUAUUUUAAGGCAAAGCUUAGGGUGUGAGUUACCACUUCAUUAGGACCACUAUAUGUCUAGUCAGCUUGCAGUCCAAACAACAGUGAAAUCAACAGUAGAACAUGAAUGGCAGAAGGCAUCAGUCUCUAUUCUUUGCCAGUCUGCCAGAGCUGCAGAAACUCUGUGCUGCUACAAUAACACUGAGCCUCCAGUUACCAGAAAGUGAAAUGAGGAGCACACAGAUAAAAGUCUGCAGACAGCUGAUAUUCCUGUACCAAGAGGUCCUUUCUGCACCUGUUAUUGGAACAUUAAAUCAAAUUUCAGUUAUCAUGGCGAUACCGUUUUACAAGUCAGGAUUAUGUGAAGCAUAUGUAAAGAGACAAGAAGCUACUCUGGAAGCACCACAAAGAGUUGAUCCAACCAUUCUCCAAACUUGCCUCUCCUACACACUUACAGCCAGACUUGCACCCAGGUGGAACAAGGCCGGUCAUCUCCUGGUGCAAGGAAAAGAUUUUUUGUCUCAAACGGGAAGGCAAAAUGCAGUUGUUCUAGAUGUGAAUGUGUCAGAGACACAGCUUUGCAUCAGUGUGGAGGCUUGCUCAGUUCGGUUACCACCCCCCGAGCUGGGAGAUUUUGAUAUUUUGACAAACACCAUAAAGCAGUUUGAGAGCAACGAAAACGCAGUUAUUGACAGUCAUUCCAUACUAGCUAACUGGUGCUAUGUUUUGCCAAGCAUGAAAAUGGGUCAGAUCAUAAGCAUCAGCCAUAGAAUUCCUCCAGAAUCUCCUUUCCACUCAUAUGAAGAAUUUCAGAUGCACUGGAAGAAUCUGUAUGGCUAUAUUCUUCCAGAUGAUAUUGAGGAGAGAAAAAUAUACUUGAGUGUUUACUUCAAGCCAAUAGGGGAAAGGUUAUUUACGUACCCUCUAAGAUGCAUUCGAAGUCAGCCAGUGCAGUAUUUCCCUAGGACAGAUUCAGAAAGUGUGUUGAACUCUUUUAUUUCCGAUGUGAAGGCUAAGUUUUCACAUCUGUGUGGAUUUCCAGUAAGGAUGACAAGUAAAGCACUUUAUGCUACACAGGAACUCACCCGGAUCCCAGCACAUGAAAUACAAUCUGAAUCUAUGAAACUGGCUGGUGAGAUGGUUUGUGUGGUAUCCCUGACCCAGACACCUCCAAAGAAGCCGACUUUGGCUAACGUUUCUUCCUCACGCAGUACGGAAAACAGCCACUGGAUGGAGCAUUUGAUCAAAGAGCCAAAACCGCACACUUCAAGUAGCAAAGGAAGUGUGGAAAAGAUUAGUGUUGAAGCAACUGAGAAAUUGAUUGAUAGACAAAUAGCAGGAAUAUCAGAACUACCACUUCAGAAGUCCUUAGGAGUGUCUGGAAGCUCAGCCUUCGAACUCUCUCCAAAAAAGCUCAGCAAAAUUAUACCAAUUUUCAAAGGAAGCUUGAUGAAGAUGAAUGGAAAUGCCACAAAUCAAACUAAUGGGAAGAAAAGAAAAAACGCUGAAAAACAAUCACCAGUAAAAAGUGUUAAAUCUUCAAUGUUGACUGUUUGCAAGUCCAGCUUAACUCAGGUUUAUAAACCUGCCACUUGCAGCGGCUCACUUCAGAUAAUUACUGAGAAAGCAUAUGUAAAACAAGAUGUAUCUGUAUUUCAGCGGAAAACAGAGACUGGUGGACAAAUGAUUAAGUCUGAUUCUUCCAGUAACUCAGCUGUAGGGUGGAGUUCAAGUGAAGUCGGUCACAAUAAGGCAAAUUCUCCUUCCUUGCUUAAGAAUGUUAGGCCAGUGCAUCAGAAAUCUGAUAUCAGUCCAAAACUAAAUGCGUUUGCAACUUCCACUUCCAGUUUUAGAGGGGGAAAAAAUUCUACAAGUCAAAAUACCACAAAAGUUCUCAGGAAGCAACAGCAGUCGAAGAAUGUAUAUUUGCAGAUUGGUAAAUCAGAGAAUGAAAUGACAAAUUCCAGUUUAUCACAGCAACAAUCAAAGAAAUUAAAUGAAGGACCACGGUUGAAUAUUCAUGAAUCCAUCUUAAAUGAUACAGUGUGCACUGAUGAAAAUGAUGAAAGCAAAGCAUCCUACCAUUCUAAGAACUGUAUUGCCAAGACAAGCUGUCUUCAUACCAACUCCGUCUAUGAUCAGAUGUUAACAGGGCACAAAUAUCUGACACGUGAUGAAGCAGUGACCUCAAAACUGACUCACUCAACGAAAGAGAGCAACAGGGAAGCAUCUGUAAAGAAAGGUUCUGCUAGAAAAAGACAGAAAGAAGAAGGGCAUUCGAAAUUAAAGAAAGUCAAAAGAAAUAAGCCUUCUAUUUAGGACAGGAUGGAGUACUGAAGAAAAUUCUGGGCUUCCAAGAGGUCAUUAAUGUACUUAAGGACGUCUGAGCUUUGUGAUCUUUACUCUGUUUAUGUUAUGUCACUGCUACCUGUUUCUGGAUGAAAAAUGGAAGGUUAAAAACAUAUGGUCAAGUGAAUCCAUAUGUCACUUUCUACUCAAGACGAUUUAGGUUAAUAAUCCUCAAAUGGCUUUGGAAAUUCAGCUAAUUGUUUGGAAUUCUUUAAUCUCAUUAUGUCUAACCUAGCACUUGCUUACAUGCUUGAUUGCUGUUCCAAGUUAUUCUGAAGUUUCAAGUCUCUAUUUUUAUGUCAUAAUUAUAUUUAAUGACACAAUUGCAUGCUAUAUUAUCUGCGUCUCUUUGUUUCACCAGUAAAACAUUCCUAAGUAACUUCCGUUUGUCAAAUAGUUAGAAAAUAAACACUCCAGUUUUUAUAGUUGGGGAACAAUGUCAAAGCUGGAUUUGAUUACAGCUUUUUAGCUCCUGUUAUAUCUUUUAGCAAAUUUCCAUUCUCACAUAUAAAACUACAGGAUGUAAAGGGUUUUUAAAGUCCGAUCCACAACACAAUUUUGAGUGAUUCAUGCUGAAUAUAUAUUGCUGCCACUUAAGUAAUUUUAUCAAAAUAAAUGUAGUUACAAAUUUAUGUAUAAAUUAUUUUGGUCCUGUUAUUGCUGUUUGUAAGCAAGUAUUAUUGUGUUAUGUGGAAAUUAAGAGGCAAAUGCCAGUUUCUAAACUCAAACAAUAUAAAAGUGUAGUAUAACAUUUGCUUUGGUAAUACAUUGCCAAAACCAUUUUUUUUUUUCCUAAAGGAACUGGUACAUUGAGACUUCACGUGUUUUAUGAGAACUUUGUAUAUUGCCAUCAUUGUGUUUUUAUUUGCCUCAUGUUUCACGUUAGGAUUUUUCUAUUCUACAGUGACAAGCUUUGUUUAUCGCUUUUUAUUUCAAAUGGAAAAUGUUAGCAUAGCUCUAAUUUAAUGGUGCCGGCAUUUAAAGACAGUGAGCACUUCAGUGACUUGUAAAUUUAUUGCAUAAUAUAUACAUUAAAACAAAACAAAACAACUAAAUAACACAAACAACACAAAGAAGAGCAAUGUAUUCAUCAAGAAACCAAACCAUAUUUACACUGAAAGCAAACUGGUAUACAAAGCCACUUUUCGAAAUGCCAUAAAUUAGUUAUUCUUUCACAGGUUUGUCUAGAUGUAAUCUAUCUUUUUCUUUCUCACAAUAUGGGAAAGCUUAUGGAAAGACUGUCUUUAUGCUAUGCUAUAUAAACUUGCGCUUUAUCUGGUCUGUCUCCUAUAGUUGCUAUUUAAGUGCCGCCUGUUUCCAGCAUUUGCCUGCUAUCUCCUUUUCUGCAUCAGUCUCAUGUUUCAAAAUGUUUGCAUCACUUUGUGUUAUCUAUUAUAAUACUCUAGAUAGUGGAAAUACAAUUA